AUGGCGCAAAAGUCUCGCCGUGACUAUGAAAACGAGGUCAGAGGAUGGGGGUUCUCGCACGUGUUCACAUGGACUGACGGCCCCGGGCUGACCACACAUCUGAUUCUGCGUGGCGAGCUGACCAUCACCUACCCCAAGGACGAGAACCCGGAGAAGAAGACCUUUGGCGUGGGCGACCGUAUUGAUGUUGAUGCCGGCCGCGUUCAUGAGGUUUGGGUUGGGGGUGAGGGGUGUACCUGUGAGGGUAUGGGGCAUAACCAGCUUCACAGCCACACGGAUGCACUGCAAUUUUAG